CAGCCAUCCUGAUGGAUGUAAGAUGAUAUAGUUUUGAUUUGCAUUUUUCUAACAAUUAGUGAUAUUGAGCAUCUUUUUAUAUGCUUGUUGUUGUUUGUAUAUCUUCUUUAGAGAAAUGUCAGUUCAAGUCCCUUGCCCAUUUUUUAAUGAGAUUAUUUGGUUUUUUGUUGUUGAGUUUUAAGGGUUCUUUAUGUAUUCUAAAUAUUUAGGGAACUGUAGAUUUUUAAAGUAUUGUAUGUGCAGGUUCUAAUGUUCACAUUAUCUACUAGGAACCAGCUGCCUCCUGUGACCUACACCCUUGGGAAAGAGCAUGAGUUUCAAUAAUAUGGUUUUUUUUUCCCAACAGUAUGAUUUUUAUCCUAACUCUGGAGUGCUAUACAAAAUCUCAGUCAUUUUCAGCUUAUAAGAGGUUUGGUUUUUGAGAACUGACAAAGGUGAAGAGAAGGAAAAGAAAGGGAAGAGCUUGGGGUAAUGCUUUUUAUUCCUUCCCUAAUUUAUACUUUUUCAGCUAUGUAAACGUCAGGAGAAAGCCUUAUCCUCAAUUCUGUUGACUAAAACUAGACUCUGUGCAAGAAGAAACAUACUUUCUGAGAGUCAUCCAGUAAUUAUGUCUUCUUAUACCACCCUCCCUCCAAACCCACAGACUUGAAUUCACCUCAGAUUAUGAAACCAUUAUCAUUUUCCUUCAUGAAUGCCUCAAGCAAAAUGCAUUUAGCUUCUGAGUAGUAAGGACCCAAAGAGGACUUGGUCUGCUGUCCCAGGAAAAGGAGCAAGAAAGGCGGGACUCUUCUGGAGCUGUGGCCAGGGGGUUGUGUAGAUUUCAGAUUUUCAGGAAGGAACUGGUAGGGAAGAUGUGAUGGACAGGCGGGCACAGUGCUGUGGUAGGGCUGCUUUUGCUGGAGGUGCUACUUCUAAAUGGAGUAUCAUUGUGGUUAGGGAAGAGAUUGCCUGUGUGCCCGACUGAUUCUUCACUCUACCGUUUCAAUUUCCCUCCACUUCCUCAUCACUUACAAAGUUGGUGCUGUUUCAACCCCCCCCCAAAAAGCCUUAGUGUCCCUCCUCUCCUCUCCCACACCCACCCCCCCAAAAAAGCAAGCUAUCAGGAAAUGACAGUAACAUGUAUUUGUUUGUUGAUGAAAGGACAGAGAAAGCUUUGUCUUGAAAAGAAUAACAGAAUAAACUGGGAAAAUAUGAGUCCUGGAGGCGGAACCCUGUUAUGAUGCAACAAACCGACAAACUUCAGAGGCACCUCUUCCUAGUGUACAUGACAUCCUACGCCAGUGCCACCCGGAGAUUUGUCAGCCAGACUGCUGAAAACGUAACUAUCCAGGAUGCCCGUACCGCCCCCUCCAGCACCCCCGCCACCGCCCACGUUUUCUCUGGCCAAUACAGAAAAGCCUACCUUGAGUAAGUCAGAGCAGGCUGGGAGAAAUGCUCUUCUCUCUGACAUCAACAAAGGGAAGAAACUAAAGAAGACAGUCACCAAUGACAGAAGUGCACCGAUAUUGGACAAACCUAAAGGAGCUGGUGGUGGUGGCGGAGGCGGCAGUGGGAGUUUUGGAGGGGGUGGACCACCCGGUUUGGGAGGACUGUUCCAGGCUGGGAUGCCAAAGCUGAGAUCCACAGCCAACAGGGAGAGUGAUUCUGGAGGGAGCCGACCCCCGAUUUUGCCACCAGGAGGAAGACCCACAUCUGCCAAACCUUUCUCGCCCCCAAGUGGCCCAGGGAGGUUCCCUGUGCCUUCUCCAGGCCACAGAAGCGGACCUCCAGAACCUCAGAGGAACCGAAUGCCUCCCCCGAGGCCCGACGUGGGCGCGAAGCCUGAUAACAUUCCGCCUCCAGUGCCUAAUACUCCAAGACCCGUUCAGUCAAGUCUGCACAACCGGGGGUCCACCUUAGUGCCCGGGGCCCCCAGGCAGCCCAGCCCCGGGCCGACUCCUCCCCCUCUCCCCGGAAACCGAGGGGCUGCUUUCGGGGGAGGCUCCACCCGCCAGACCCCGUCAGGCUCCUCCUCGCCCUUCUCCAACCGGCCUCCCCUCCCCCCUACCCCGAGCAGGGCCUUGGAUGACAAACCCCCUCCUCCGCCCCCUCCAGUGGGCAGCAGGCCCUCCAUCCACAGGGAGGCCGUCCCCCCGCCUCCCCCUCAGAACAGCAAGCCCCCGGUGCCCUCCACCCCGCGGCCUUCCCCCUCCGCGCAGGCCCCGCCCCCGCCCCCCAGCCGGCCGGGCCCUCCCCCAGUGCCCCCAGGGUCCAGUGGCGGCGACGAAAUCCCGAGGCUCCCACAGCGGAACCUGUCCCUCUCGUCGUCCUCGUCGUCAUCAUCAUCAUCUGCGCCUCCCUUACCUUCACCUGGGCGGUCGGGACCUCUUCCUCCCCCGCCCAGCGAGAGACCCCCUCCUCCAGUGAGGGACCCACCGGGCAGAUCAGGCCCUCUCCCACCACCUCCUCCAAUGAACAGAAAUGGCAGCACAUCUCGGGCCCUGCCUGCCACCCCUCAGUUGCCAUCCAGGAGUGGAACAGACAGUCCCAGAAGUGGGCCCCGGCCUCCUCUUCCUCCCGACAGGCCUGGCACUGGGGUGCCUCCCCCACCUCCACCAUCGACAUCAAUUAGAAACGGCUUCCAAGACUCUUCAUGUGAAGAUGAGUGGGAAAGCAGAUUCUUCUUCCAUCCGAUUUCUGAUUUGCCACCUCCAGAGCCAUAUGUACCAACAACCAAAAGUUAUCCCAGUAAAUUGGCAAGAAAUGAAAGCCGGAGUGGAUCCAACCGAAGAGAAAGGGGUGCCCCACCCCUUCCUCCUAUCCCGAGGUGAUCCUUGCCUGCUCUUCUCCACCCAAGCCCAAGAGCUCCUUCUGCUGUUGCUGUCCAAGUCGCACACCCUCCUUCUCUUGUCUUCCCUUGUCCCCUUCAUGAUGGCAAUAGGGAAGAAGGGAGGUGAUGUGGGAAUGCAUGUGUGCAGGGUGUGUAUGCAGUAAAGAAAUGCACCUCGCUUUUUAUAUUGUGUAUAUUCUUAAAGCUAUUGCUUGCUUCAGCUAUAGCCUGUUGGCUGCUUUGGGGAUCAGUAUAGGCUUUUGUGGCAAGUAGGCAGCGAUGAAUUGUGUCCCAGCUUUCAACCCAUGAAAUUCAAACAUUCACUGCUUUUUUGCUACAGAUCACGAUAUUAAGGUCCCUGAGAGCUGUUUGCUUCCAUGCCUUUUUUGCAUGUUUGGCCUCCUGUUUCCAUGAACCACAGACCACCUAAGCAAGUUGCUUAUAUGAAAUGUUUGCAGUUACAGGCUGUCCAAUCUUUGGCCGUCUUGGACAGAGCUGUCCAAUAGAAAUAUAAUGUGAGCCACAUAUACAAUUUUACAAUUUCUAGUAGCCACAUUAAAAAGGAAAAUAGGUGAAAUUAACUUUAAUACAUUUUAUUUAACCGACAUCCAAAAUAUCAUUUCAACCUGCAAUCAAUAUAACAAUUUUAAUGAGAUAUUUUAUAUUCUUUUUUUGGUACUAAGUCUUCAAAAUCUGGUAUGUAUUUUACACUUAGAACACAUCUCCAUUCAGACUUGUCACAUUGCAAGUGCUCAAUAGCCACACAUGGUUGGUGGCUUCCAUGUUGGACAGCACAGGUCCAGAAGAUAGAGGCUAGUGCAAAAACCUCUUGUUUAAAAAACAAAAAAGCAAGAUGAGCUUUAGCAAUUCAAGAGGUAACUAAAAAUAAAGUUAGGACCCAACACCUUGUUUGGCAAACAGCUUUCCUUAGAUUUUUCUCCCUUAUUUCCCUCUUCCCUGGAAAUCUGUAUGCAGAUGUUGCUUCACAGUACCAAGGUCAGAAAUUGAUAUAAUAGGGUUUACAGUCAUGUGGAAUAAAGCCAUUGGAGAGAAACUGAAAGCCAGUUGGGGCUCUGGGGCUUAGAAGCAGCUGCCUUGAGCUCAUCUGUCAGUUGGCCUCCUGCCUUAUGCAUGGGAAGUGGCUUCAUUCCUCUCCAGCUCAGCGUGCUCCUUAGGGCAGGAGGCUCAUAGGCUCCAUAGUUGUGGGAAAGUCAGGGAAAGGUAGCAAAUCAGAAAUGUGGAAGAAGGGGACAGUUUUGAGUUGAUGGACAAAACUCUAAAAAUCUAAAUCUGGUGAUUAUGGGGUUGAGAGAAAGAGACUGCUGCAGGAAAUUGGAGGGAACUUGUUUUGAAUCUUUCUGGGAGAAUCAUUUGCCUUGGAUCUAUGCAAAUAAAGCUCCCCCAGAGGACCAUAGGGAUGAGCCAGCCUUGCCCUUUUUGUAUGGUUUUGUUUACAAAACUUUACUGGGACUUUUAAAUCUAGCUAUACACUUGGAAAAAAAGAUUUCCAUUUAGAUGUUUUAUAUGGUUAAUUAUGUUUAAAAUUUACCAUUACUUAUUUUUUUAAAGUUCACAGCUAUAUAUGUAUAUGUAUAUCUACCUAAACUUUGUAUUAUGGUUUCAGUGAAUUGUUCAUUUAUUACUGGGAGAUGCUAACAAGAAAUCAAUCCAAAGAAAAAUUUGAAAGCAGCAUUCCUAUUUAUAGAAUAAAUGUUUCAUUUAUAUAAAAGCAAAAGAACUUAGAGUUCUAAUAAUGGGAUGUCUAAUAACUUAUGAAGUUGCCCAUUUGAAUCUGUUGUAUUUUUAUAACUUUCCUUGCCAAAGUCCUGGGCUUAUUAAGUACAUUAGAGAAUUUGGGUUCCCCGCCCACCACCAUUAAUUUGUCUUUCAUACGUUCACUUGGGGGCCUUUACCCAAAGAAAAUCAAGAAACAUAAAGGUGUAACAAGCUUGGCAAAGUAUUUUCAAAAAAAGUUUUUAAUCUCUAAUAUUUUGGUAAUAUAGCAGCAUCAUCUUAUUUUGAAUUCUUUGAUCAGAUAUCAAUAGUUGGUAAAAAUCCCUAUGAUAAAGCCUAAUGACCCACUUCAGAAAAGAUGGAGUUGGGCCUUCCUAGCAAAUAUGGCAGAGAAAAGUCUGACCCAAAGAAAAUGGGUCUGAAUUUUGUAAAGUGUAGUAAGUAUGGCCAAUUUCCUUAUAUAUCCCAAUUUUGCAGAUACCAUCCUAAGUUUGAAGCAGGGUCACAGCUCAAAGUUGCUAUUCAUCCAGGAUAGAGAUGUUUUAAAAUGUAUUUUUUAAGUGAAUAUUCCAUUAAUACAUGUACACCCUUUCUUUGAAAGUUAGAAACUAAUCACAUCCCAAAGUUUGAAUGAGGUUCUAUGCUAAAAUCGUCAACUAUGGCAGAUCACAAAAAUUAAUAGUUACUUCCCUGAAACCAGAGCUUACAUGUGUUUUUUCCCCAUAAAAUUUCCAGAUAAAUGUAUUCAAGAUGCAAUACAGUAUCUUAAUAUUCACAUAUUUUAUAAUGAAAUGUAUUACAGUAUUAAAAUUCAGUGUUCAGUAUUUAUUUCAAUAUGCAUUUUAUUUAGUAAAAACCAAGAAAAAUGUUUAAUCCAGUGGUGCCUUACUUGGUGAUUUGCAAGAAAUUGACUUUUUAUGUCUAAGUAGCAGAUUAUUUGCAUAUUUGUAAGAACUGUUAGGCCUUUAUAGUUUAACUUGUAAUAGCAAUUUUGUUAUUUUAGUAGCAGAAAUGUGAUGACUGUUAAAGUGCCCAAAAUUUUCUGGCAUGAAAUUAAUUUUUCCCUAUUUAUAGUCAGGGGCUGUAAAGAAAGAAAAUGUUUUUCAUACCACUGCAUUAUGUAAACAUGCACAUUUUGGUACCUAUGUCAUCAGGGUAGUUUAUAUGGUGGGGUAGGACCUACCCUAGACAUCUGUGUCUUUGUAAGUUAGCCAGACAAUAAAUAAAUGCAGAAUGAUAAGACUGUCA